CUGAACUUCCUUUUUCUCUGUGCCUAAAUGUGAGAGGAACUAGGGAAACCUAGCCCUCAAACUAAUCUAUAUCAAUCCUUGAAAAGGGCACAUUAAAACUUCGCCAAAAUGACCGAGCAGAUGACAGUAAGGGGUACCCUGAAGGGGCACAAUGGUUGGGUCACCCAGAUCGCGACUACCCCUCAGUUUCCCGAUAUGAUUCUGUCUGCAUCCCGAGAUAAGUCUAUCAUUAUGUGGAAGCUGACCCGUGAUGAGACCAACUAUGGCAUCCCCCAGCGCGCCCUGAAGGGACACUCUCACUUUGUGAGCGAUGUAGUCAUCUCCUCAGAUGGACAGUUUGCCCUGUCCGGGUCCUGGGAUGGGACCCUCCGCCUGUGGGACCUCACCACUGGCACCACCACCCGUCGCUUUGUGGGCCACACCAAGGACGUCCUGAGCGUGGCUUUCUCCGCUGACAACAGGCAGAUUGUGUCUGGCUCUCGGGACAAGACCAUCAAGCUGUGGAACACCCUGGGAGUCUGCAAGUACACCAUCCAGGAUGAGAGCCACUCUGAGUGGGUGUCCUGCGUGCGCUUUUCCCCUAACAGCAGCAACCCCAUCAUUGUCUCAUGUGGUUGGGACAAGAUGGUCAAGGUGUGGAACCUGGCCAACUGCAAGCUGAAGACUAACCACAUUGGCCACACUGGCUACCUGAACACAGUGACCGUCUCUCCCGAUGGCUCUCUCUGCGCUUCUGGUGGAAAGGAUGGUCAGGCCAUGCUGUGGGACCUGAACGAGGGGAAGCACCUGUACACCCUGGACAGUGGUGACAACAUCAACGCCCUCUGCUUCAGCCCCAACCGAUACUGGCUCUGUGCCGCCACCGGCCCCAGCAUCAAGAUCUGGGAUCUGGAGGGUAAGAUAAUUGUGGAUGAGCUGAGACAGGAGGUGAUCAGCACCAACAGUAAGGCCGAGCCCCCACAGUGCACCUCUCUGGCCUGGUCUGCUGACGGACAGACCCUGUUUGCUGGCUACACAGAUAACCUGAUCAGAGUGUGGCAGGUUACCAUCGGAACCCGAUAAGGACCUUUUCACAGAUUCGGCGAUGAAUAAAAUAGUUUUAAAUGAACUGAGUUUGUCUUGUUUGGUUGAAUACGUUUGCACGAUGUGUGGUGCAGUUUUGAUGCAGACAUUUUUUGUUGACCUUUUGUAAUAACUGGGUUGUGAUUCUGUAAUAAAUGGGUGAAACAUUUUGA